AUCAUCAAUCGUUUCUUCAUUUCCAUAAAAACCCAAACGAAAACUUUCUUUAUAGAAAUUCACGGAGACGAUGAAGAACAAAUGAUUAAAGUCCCUUCCUUUCCUUCUCUGUGAAUUCAUUCAAUUACAAACCCAUAAACAUAAGUUCUCUUUUUUUAUCUCUCUUUUGGUCCAACUUGUAAGUCUCAAAGUCUGCAUUUUGUCUCGGUGUCUUCAAUCAUCAUCACUUAGCAUUCAAAGUGAGUUAUAUAAACAUUUUGGGAUCUGCAAAAGUUUGAGUAGUGGUCAAUGGAUACUACUACAUCAAGUGGUAGUAGCCCUGCUACGUUACAACUCCAUAGCAUCAUCCCGGAGAAUCCGAUCGCGGCAAUGGAGUUGUCAUUUCCUCCAUUUCUGCGUCUUAAGCGCCACUGCCUUGGGAGUUCUGUUCCUGGAGAAUUUUUCUUGGCUUCUUGUCCUUCCAUUGUCCUUCAUGUUCUCACAACUUGUGAUUUGGGUCCUCGGGACCUUGCGAAACUCGAGGCAACCUGCUCCUUCUUCAGGAAGCCGGCAAACUUUUCUCCCGACUUUGACCUUUCUAUCUCAGAAGUUGCAGCUCUCGACAUUUGCCAAAAGAGGGCGAUAUUUAAAUGUCCUGGUCAUAGCAUUGCCGUGACAUCAAAGGGCGUUGUCUACUCCUUCGGAUUUAAUGGUUCAGGACAACUCGGUCAGGGAACCACUCAAGACUCGUGGCAGCCUCGACCAGUCAGAUCACUUAACGGAAUCCGGAUCAUUCAGGCAGCUCUUGGCACUGAUAGAACAUUUUUAAUCAGUGAUGCUGGUGAAGUUUAUGCCUUUGGAAAAGUUUGUUUUAGCGAAGCUAAGUUAGAGGUCCCAGAAACUAAGCUAAUCACAACUCCCCAGCGGGUCAAGUCCUUGGCGGAAAUCUUUGUGGUACAAGCCGCGAUAGGAAAUUACUUCACGGCGGUUUUGUCGAGAGAAGGCAGAGUCUAUACAUUAUCAUGGGGAAACGAUGAAAGACUCGGUCACCAAACUGACCAUAGCUGUUCGUUGCCUCAACCUCUGUUGGGCGCCUUGGAGAACAUCCCAGUCGUGCAAAUUGCUGCUGGCUUUUGCUAUCUCCUUGCUUUAGCAUUUCAACCCACCGGCAUGUCGGUGUACUCAGUUGGAUGCGGUUUGGGUGGGAAGCUUGGGCAUGGUUUAUCUGAUUCUGAUGCCAGUGAGAAAUAUCCUCGUUUGAUUAAGAAGUUUGGUCUUUUAAACAUUGAACCGGUUAUGGUCUCAGCAGGGCCAUGGCAUGCUGCUGUAGUUGGGAAAGAUGGGCGAGUCUGCACGUGGGGUUGGGGUCGGUUUGGUUGCUUGGGUCACGGAACCGAAGAGGCAGAAAAUGCUCCUAAGGUUGUAGACGGAUUGAAGGAUGUUAAAGCCGUGCAUGUCGCCACUGGAGUGUACACAACCUUUGUUGUGUCUGAUGAUGGUCAGGUUUACUCAUUUGGCUCUGGCGGAGCCAAUCUUGGGCAGGAUGAUGUGGAUGAAAAUACUCUGACCCCGAAGCUGGUUUCAUCGUUGAAGGAGACAAAAGAGCGUAUGGUACAUGUGAGUUUGACAAACUCGGGGAAUGGGACUGGUCAUACAUUUGCAAUGACCGAGUCUGGGACGCUCUAUGCAUUCGGGGCAGGGAACAGAGGGCAGCUCGGCGUGGAGCUGGGUGAAAACUUGACGGAAAGAGCGGAACCAGCGAAAGUUGCCGGUAUUGAUCUCUCUUAGAGAUUUGGGAAAGAAAACAAAGAAAAACAUCUUUUUAAU